UAGAAACUCUGAAUGUUUGACUGAGGUUAAUUCUUCUACUGAGCAGGAAAUAUAAGAUGCCUUCUUAGUGCUAGUUUAAACUUUUUUAUAUCAUGAUUCAAACUUUUGAUACUGGAAGGAUGUUUUGAUGUUCAUUGAGAUGUGAGUUGGUAAUAUUCUCAUCAGCUGAUGGCGAUUUUGAUCAGUUGUCACUGCUUUCGUGAUAAAUUGGUGUAUGAAACGGCGAGAAUUUUAAGGAUUUAUAAUGCUUUGGUCCAUUGUUUCACUGGUUAUUGCAUAACAGCAUUGUUUGAGUUGCAAAGUGUGUGGAAUCGUAUAUUGAAACGAUUAAUAUAGCGGCUAGUUCUGGAUGCCAGUAGACAUACUGCGUAUUGGUGUUACUAUGAGUGAAAAUGUUACAUUUUUUGGAAAUAAAUCCUGUCGACUGUGAAAUUUCGGAACAGUACCAAGUUUUUCUUCGGUCUUCGGUCAGGAAGCCUUACAGAGCGACAUACUGUUGUAGGUUAGGAUGAGUUCGAUGAACAACUGACGUAUGAUGACGGUUUAAAUUGGUUGCGUUCACAAGAACAAAUUUCAUCAGAAUGGUGAAAAUAAAGUCUGUUGUUCCCCAACGUCUGACUGAAGAACGUAGAUCCGAAUUAACAUGGGACUUGUCAGGUUCUGAACCAUUGCUAGGUCAUGUUGGAAAUGUUGACAGCAAUCAUGGUGCUGGAUCCAUACUUUACGUUGAUGGCCAUGCAACAAAGGAAAAACUUAACAGGAAGCGUCUUCGUAGGAAAUCUGUACUCGAAGAAGAAGUGAAUGAUGUAUGUUUAAGGGAACUCUUAACUGGUUGUGCAUUUUAUUUAUCACUCAGAAAGGAGCUGGAAGGAAACACUAAUGAGCGUGCAUUUAAGUUGGGAACAGUAUCAUUAGUUUUACAAACAAACUCUGUUGUUUUCCCAACGAAUGGCGAAUGUUGGCUGUAUGUCAGUGAAUUCCCGAAUCGUAGUCUUCUGUAUAGUGAGUGUCCUGAUGGUGUUACUUAUUUUCUUAUUGAUGGAACCUUGGAUAUUCAGUUCUUCUCAGGUUUAGCCCUUCGUUGCUUUUUGUUAACAUUUGGAGGAUUCAUUCAAGAAACACAUCAUCUAAAUGUAAAUGUUCUGUUCCGUGAAUCACAUUGUCGAGGACCAAUGUCUCACUGGGAAGUGAAGCAAAGAAGCACAAACCAGGACUUCCAGGCUGUCAUUUCACAUUUUUAUGGCAUCAUAACUCCAGUGUAUGAUGGCGUUAGAGAAGUGAGGAAGAAUGAUAUUGAAGCUCUGUACCGAGCUGUUAAGGAACACCAUAAUGAAGUACCAAGUGAUGAAUUGUCAUUCAUACAGCAUGCCAGCCUAGUACCAAGAUUACGUCCAUAUCAGAGUCAAGCUGUGAAAUGGAUGCUUUGUAGAGAAUCUGUAACUGACCAUACCUCUGAUGAUGAAUUGCACUGCCUGUAUACAGAGCUGGUAACACCUGAUGGGCAGCUUUUGUUCUAUAACAGAUAUGCAGGAUACAUAACAGUGGAGAAACCCAAAUCUGUAAAAUUGCCAACUGGUGGCAUCUUGGCAGAUGAGAUGGGACUUGGUAAAACAGUGGAAGUAUUGGCAUGUUUGCUGGCAAAUCAACGUCCUGUCAGUGACUGGAAGAAAGUAGAACAGAACAGUGAUUUAAAACAAGAGUCAAUUCUUAAUGCUAACGAAGAGAAGUACAAAAAUGAAGUUGAGAAUAUUACUUGGCAUCAUAAGGAUUAUGAGCAGCAAGGUACAAAAUCUGAAAAAGGAGAAAAUGUGUGUGAUUUAUCCUGCAAGAAAAGCAACAUUCAGGAUUUGUUACUGUCAGAUAUGAGUACAACUGUAACAGGACAGUCAGGUAGUUUAUAUGUUGAUGAUAAAAAUGAUACCAUUCAAAGUGAAGAGCCAAACAGACUUGCUGAAAUUCAAUUGGUAGAUCUCAGAAUGGAAUGUGAUGUAGCUGCAAAUGUGCUGAUCUCAACGUGUGGUGAAAUAUCUCUGGGCGGAGACAGUAACUCAUAUGGUGGUAUCAGAACUCUGGAAAACUGUUCUAUAAAGUCAAGUAAAAGUACUGCUGUUGUACAUAAUUCUGAAAACAGUUCAGGAAUUGGCGUGGAGAACAGUAAUUCAAAUACGUGUAAAACACCUCUUACUAGUGAGUGUACCAGAAAGUAUUUUGAUAAAAUUAAUGACUCCAUUCUAGGCAAGAAUGUUAGUCCACCAGAUUCGGAUAUUGUUAAUAAUAUAGGCAACUUUGAGAUAAGCAGUGAAGAUGAUUUGGGAAAUACUAUGAAAUUAAGGAAAUUUAAGGAUAGAACCCGAAGAAAACGAUGUAAAAUAAAACCAGUACAGGAGAAGAAAGAAAUAUACCAGAAAGUGGAUGUAAGAAAAGGAUCAGUUUGUAAAUAUAAAAACAAAAGGAAAAGAGUAAUACAAGGAGCACAGAAAAAGAAAACGGUUAGUGAUUCAGUUGAAGAGACAAUAGAGGAAGUGAUCUCCAAAUUCUGCUAUGGAAAUGGUACGGUUGAGUACAGGAAGGGCGUUUACAGAAAGGUGAACAGCUGGCGGGAAGCUAGCCAAAUAUGGUAUAAGGAAAUGCUGUCUGUGGUAACUCUGCGGAAGCCUCAGAGUAUUCGGGAGCUAGCAAAAGGGACCGUACUAGAGUGUGUCUGUGGAUCAGAUGAAGACUAUGAUAAAUCCAAAGUCUGUUGUUCUGCUUGUGGUCGUUGGCAGCAUGCACAGUGCGUUGGUUUCAAACAGCUUGAAGGAGAUCAAGAAAGCAGAACCUAUUGUUGUCCUCAGUGCUGGCAAGCUCAGGAACCUGUUGUUUCUGGAGCCACUCUCAUAGUGUCGCCUGCUUCCAUCAGUAACCAGUGGGUUACAGAAAUUCAGAGGCAUGUGAAUCAAGAGAACUUCAGUAUUCUUGUUUAUAGGGGUGUGCAAAAGGAUGGUUUUCUUCAGCCACAUGAUUUGGCUAAAUAUCAAGUAGUUCUUACUACAUAUGAAACCCUUCGAAAAGAAUUGAAUUAUGCAGAUCUCAACACAACAGAUGGGCACAGAUUAAGACAUGUGAAAAGAUUUCUCGCUCCUCCUUCUCCUCUUCCAUGUAUUCAGUGGUGGCGUCUUUGUCUGGAUGAAGCACAGAUGGUAGAAUGUACAAGCAGUAAGACAGCUGAAAUGGCACGGAGAUUGGAAGCAGUUCAUCGCUGGGCCAUCACUGGAACGCCAGUUCAGAAGUCCAUGCAUGAUUUAUUUGGCUUGGUGCAGUUCUUGGGAAUUGAUCCUCUCUGUGAUCUUCGGUGGUGGCAGGAUCUUGUAUAUGGACCAUUCUGCCAAGGAAACUACACUCCAUUAUAUAAUCUCAUGGCAGAAAUAAUGUGGCGUACAGCAAAGAAAGAUGUGUUGCAUCAGAUUAACAUUCCAGAUCAGAGUGAGGAAGUGGAGUGGUUACACUUUUCUCCAGUGGAAGAGCAUUUCUAUCGCAGGCAGCAUUCUGAAUGUUCGCAAGACUUCAUAGAUAGACUGAGUAAGAUGCGUAGUCUGGACAUUACUCUUGACUCUCUUAACAGGCAGACAAUCAAUAAGGUGUUGGGACCUUUGCUUCGACUCCGUCAGGCCUGUUCACAUCCUCAGGCUGUUCGUGGACAGUUCCUUACAGCCGCAAAAGCUACUAUGAGCAUGGAGGAACUUCUGGAAUCUCUGAUUAAGAAGACACAGUGUGAGAGUGAGGAAGCCCUGCGGCAGUAUAUUGCUGCUUUGAAUGGGCUGGCUGGUAUUCAUAUUAUCAGGGAAAACUGGGUCCAGGCUGUGGAAACGUACCGAGAUGUGCUUAGAAUUGCCGAAGAAUAUAAGGAUAAACUGAAGACUGAUAAAUUACAGAUGAUACACACACUGUACAAUUUAGAUGAUAUACUUAGUGCACGGCAUGAAGGUAUUUCUCCCACUCUGCGAGAUGACAGACUGAGAGAGGAUGCCAGAGCCCUGGAGCAGAAGUAUAUGCAGAAGUGUGAUUCUCAGGUAGCUGCAGCACAGGAAACAUUGGCAGGCUUGUCAUUGACUGUGACUGAAUUGGAAAACAGUUUCAACAUGGGUCGAGAUGAUUGGUGGGAGCAGCUCUUAUCCUGGAUUGUGCUUCAAGGAGAAGAGAUGGAACUCCUGAGUAGAAUAAGAGAUGAUUUAUUAGAGAAUAGAAUUCCAGGCCAAGAGAGUUUGAUUAACAGGGUAUCUAGUAUUCGAGGUAUGGAAUAUGAGCUUGGAAUAUGGAGUGAUGCUGUGCAGAAAGUCAGAAGAAAGGCUGUGCAAGAUUUACAGCAGCUUGAAAGAACCCCUCGGCAAGACAUGGUGAAUGGAGCAGUAGAUUGUCAUUUGCGUCUCAGUAAUGCUAAUAAUAGGAACAAGAAAAAGUGUCAGUUGUGCAUUUGUGAGACACAUCUCAAGAGCUAUGAGAGUCUGGUGUUUGCUGUUAGCAAGAAACAGACAGAACAUAGUAUGGUGGGUAACGUUCUUCUCCUGGGACAACUAAACCAAGGAACAUGGAAACCCUGUGAAAUGGAACGAGUGCUUCGAGUAUUGGUGGCAUUUGUUCGAGGAAAACGAUCCAACAGGGAAUGUUUGGAAGAUGGCACUCAACAUCUGAAACUCCUGGAUGCAAUCAAGAAAGAAUUUAAGCAAUUGCGAUUGGUUUGGACACAGUUACGUGACCAGGUCUCAGCUCAAGAUGAGCUUGAUAUGGCAAAGAUGAGGCUGCGGAUUCGGUUCCCGGAUGAACCGGUACCUCAGUCUAAUAAGAAGCACAGCCCUCUGCAGCAACUCAGUUCAAACAUUGGCAGUGCUAUUGAAACAAUCCACAUCAUUGAGAAACAUCAGGUUGGGUCUCAUGAGACUCGACUGGAGACAGAAAGGAUUGUAGCUCAAGGGGAUCUACGCAGAAAGACAGGACAGCUUUUUUAUCUAGAAAACCUUCGAAAGAGUCGAGGUUUGGAUAGCAAUCCUGACCCGUGUCCAAUUUGCCAAACUAACCUUGGAGACAAGUGGAGUGUUCUACAGUGUGGUCACUGUUACUGUUUGGAAUGUGUGCGGUACAUGAUAGAUCAGAGCCACGGGGGACGAAAAGUCAACGUAAAAUGUCCGAUAUGUCGUGAAACUACGCAAGAAGAUGGCAUUUCAUAUGUAAAUCUGAGCUGCAAGGUAUAUGAAUCGCAGAAGGAUGGGACUCCUAUCACUGUGCGAGGUUCACAUUCCACUAAAGUAGAGGCAGUGGUACAUCGUUUGUUGGCGCUCAGAGCAGAAGAACCUGAUGUCAAAGCUCUUGUUUUCUCCACGUGGGAAAAAGUGCUGGAUGUCCUUGCUCACGCACUGACGGAGAACAGUGUUUCGUUUUCCCGACUCCAACCUGGCCUCAAACACCAGGAAAUAUUACAGGAUUUCAAGGACAGUAAGUCGCACGUGACUGCACUCCUGUUACCUAUUCGAUGGGGUGCGAAGGGUCUGAAUCUGGUGGAAGCUACUCAUGUAUUAUUGGUAGAACCCAUUCUGAACCCAGCUGACGAGCUUCAAGCUAUUGGUCGUGUCCAUCGCAUCGGUCAAACCAGGAAAACGGCGGUUCAUAGAUUUCUCAUACGUGGAACAGUUGAAGAGCGUAUGCAUGCUGCGGUACAGAGUGGGGCAGAAAAAUGGAGUGGGGAUAAAGUAACGUUGCGGCAGUUACAAGACUUGUUCGCAUCCCCUUGUGAAGAUUCCGGUAACAUUUCGGACAGUUGUUCCAACGCCGAUAAUUCCGCCACACCAUUUGCAAAAAUUAUUUCUGCUCCUAGUACCAGUUCAUCUGAUAAUCUCAACAGUUCGUUAAAUAACGAAUCAUUCGACACUGUUACUGCCAAAUCCCGUGACACUAGUAAUAAUACUAGUGUGGUAUCACAAGGUACGGACACUACACAUGAGAAUGACCCACAUUCCUCCGUCAUGACCUCUGGUGAUAUUGAUGUAGAAUCAGAGGUGCUUAUUGGUGUUAACAUCAAGCAUACGUCACAAAUGUAAACCACUGCCAUUUGGUAUAUGAUAUAGUGUCAUCAGUGUUAAUACAGUUUAAGAUUAUAAUGGAGCCGGUGUUGGUAUAUGAGAUUGUGUAGUGAUUUUUGAUGGUAUUAUUUAAGCUUUAAAAUGUGUUGAAGGCAAUGAAAAGAAAGCUGUUUUUGCAAUCAUUCUUUCUGGUAAAUGUAAGUUUUCAGGGGAUAAUUGGAGUAUUUAAUAUAGAUUUAAAACCUGAAAUGUGAAGGUUAGAGGCUGUGAUGAUUAAAAUCUUGGUGAAGGUUAAAAGAAAUACUUAUGUUCUGUCUUCAUGGCACAAAGGAUCGUGUAUUUCCUCGGUCUCAUUUUUAUGUACGAGCCGAGCAGUGGUUAGUGAAAAUCUUCGCCAAAAAUAAUUUAGUUUCUUUUGUACCCAUAUAUGUAGGUAGCGCUGAAGAUAUCUUUCUCGUCAUUUGCUCCAUGAAUUGUAAUGUUCAUGAUAUAAUCUCUUUUUUUCUGCCCAAAUACAUUAAUUUUUUAUAAAUAAACAAAUGGUUACAUUUAGUUUAAUUUUGGUGCUGGGAAUCCAUAGGAAAAGCAAAACAAAUAUAAUUUAUAUGAAUAAUUUACAUUUUUCUUUACUAUGUCGUACGUUCUCAGCGAAUUCUGCUGUCUGUAUUAUUCCAUGAAUGUGCAAAUAAUAAUGUUGUGCCAGUGGGUUCGCAGAGUGACAUUUGGUCUUUGUGCAGUGAAAUAUUGUUGUAAUAAUUAUUGCACCACUUAAAUUUGACGUGAGAUAGUGUAAAUGUGUUCUUUGACACCCCAGUAUUGUACCUGUAUGGUUUCCUCCACAUGUUCAGACACAGCUAUAGUUUACAGAAGUUAGGUUAGGUUGGUUAGGUUAGGUCAGGUUAGGUUAGGUUAGGUUAAGAGGACAUUUAAUUACUGUAAACUUUCUUCUGUUCUACUCAGCCAUAUUUCUGCUAAUAUCUGUUAAUUGUAUUAUCUGUGAGACUGAAAUGUGCCCAUUAGUGUUUCAGUAUUGUACUAAAUUAUUAGUAGCCUUAAAUGUAGGUCCUACUGUACUGCAAAUUUAUUUGUAUCUUUUUGUAAGAAUAUAAAUCUAAUUUUAAGGUUUGAAUAAAUAUUUCCUUGAGGUAAGAUGAA